AUGAGAUUUUCUCCUUCGUGCUGCUCAUUUGCUGCAAAUAUGCAGUUUUCUCUGUUUUUAAUUUGCUCUAUUUCAAUAGUCUCCCCCUCGGCUUCCCUGGGCCACUUCCUCCCCGCCACAAGGCGGCAGCAGGACCUGCAGCAGCACCAAUUCAGCAUAGACCCGUUCGCCUUUUCAGAUCAAGAGGCUGCUCAUAGUCAGGCGAAAGAAGAACUCGCACGCAGUCUCGGUCUGGUGGAUUCUGAUUUCGAGUCGUCUGUCGAUGGCACGAGGGAAAGCGGGUCUUCUGGAGAACACCACGGCGAGUCCGCGGAGUGGUAUGCAGGGGUUUUAGAAAAACUUGAACGCAUCGCCAGACAUGAAGAUGCAGACAAGGGAUGGAUGAAUAUUCAGCUCGAGCCUGCUGCUGCUGCGCUUCAUGAUGAAGCUGAAGCUUCAGCAGCAACGCCCUGGAGGGCCCCGCACGCCGCGCGUUCUCGCCUUAUCUUCGAGGACGAACCCCCUGGCUUGCAUUCUGCGUUGCAGCUGUCCGCGAGUGAAGCAACAGAAGGAGUCGAGCAACCAGUGCAUGCAGGAUCAUUAUCAGAUCGCUCGGCGAAAGAUUGGCCUCAAGAGGCUCGGGAAACAGAGAAGAAACCGGCAGAAACUGCACAUGCAGGUUUCAAGGAAGGAGGAGUGACAGCAAAUCUGCUGGCCAAGAGCGCAGGAGAUUUUCAGGUAAUCGAAGAUGAAAACGCACUUGACUCGGAUUCUCUCGUCACAGUUUUGUACAACUUUCCUCUGCAGACAAUGGAAAGCAAGCAAAUUGCUUUCGUUGUGGUGGCUCUUCCCCCCAAGUAUGUUGCAAAGGAAGGCGAGUCGAUAUGCGACUCGUUGGAUUCUUCUGUACCACUUUUGAAGUGUUCAACAAGAAAGGCGUAUAUGAAAAACAGACCUGGGAGUCUGAGUACUUUUGUGACGAUUUCCAGUGCAGAUACCACCAAAAGUCUACCUUUAGGUCGUCAUUCGUUUCGCAUUUCUGUGCAUACACCUAAGGAAUCCCUUUCCGUGGAGCAGCCGGCGAACUGGUGGUUCGCAACUUUCCGCUUCACCGGCGGCCACGCCAUAACGAAACAUUGGGAAAACCGGAAACUUAUCAGCAAACGCGGCUGCAUUUGGGGAGAAUGGCGGCAGGAAACGCCUUGCAGUACAACUUGCGGUGGGGGUUUCGAGAUCUGGAGCCGCAGUCUUUAUUCAGGGGAAAGCGAGGAGGCCUGUGGCGGCGCGUUCAUGAAAAGACGGUGCCAAGUUCAAGAAUGCAGUUUAAAUUGCCAAUUAGGCGAAUGGGAAACGCUGGCCGACUGCACCAAGAGCUGUCAGGCUACAGAAAAAGACGCAUUCAAAAUUCGAAUCCGCAAGGUUUUGUUGGAGAGGAGGGGUUUCGGCAGCUCUUGUGCAGAAAUGCAUCCUUGGGACGCGGACUUAGGCGUCGGAUGGAGUGAGAGGAUGCAAGCAGUCGUUAGCUUAUCUCCUUGUGCAGAGAAAUUUCAACAUCCUUGUCCUGAGAUGCUGGGCUGCCGUGUAGAUGAGACUAACACCCGCACCAUUCCAGACGCUUUCCCCUGGGGCGCCUGCCCAUUCCCUUGUGGGGGUUUCGGCCGCAUCACUUCCAUCGUGCAAGUGGCGAACGGCAUCCCGCGCUGGAUAGGAGAGCAGCAGUUUCCGGAUAGCUUUCAAAUACCCUGCCGAGCAGACAAAGAACCCCUUGUUUCCACUCGCCCCUGCAACACUGAGGCGUGCGAAGACUGCUCCGUCUAUAUCGAAAACCCCAUAUUCGGGAGGGCCACCAGAGCUUGGUUUUUCUUCCUGCCAACCACUGAGGCAGAUAGCGCAGAAGUCACAGCGCCUCGGGGGGUCAAAAUAGUUCAGUCCCCCGCAGCAGCAGCAGGUGGCCAGCUCCAGCAGCAGCAGCAAGAACAACAGCACCACCAGAAGUUAAAAGUGUCGCCUCUGUCUCCAGUGUUACCCCCAGCAGCAGCAGCCAAGGCCCACCCUCCUCUGCCUGCUGGGGCUGCUGCGUCUCCCGAGCAGCUUCUGUCUAACAAAGAGCGGCUUGGCACCUGCGAAGAUAUUGCAACAUCCUUUGGGCCUGUCUCCUCCUGCACAGUCAUUCCAUCUCGCCAUUACGCGAACUCGGAGGCGGCGAUCCUUCGGCUGUCUGCUGUUAUAGAACCUGCAGCUGAGGUGGAGAGGAAAAUAUCUGAGGCCACCGUGGGGCCCCACACUUCCCCCGGCAGCAGCAGCAGGGGUGGAGGGGUUAGCAGCAGGCGGCCUCAGUGGUUUGCAUUGCCUGUGUUGCUGGGGUCUCGAGAGGCGAUGGAAGAUGCGGGGAAUUUUUAUUUGUGGCUGACCCGCAGCAAAUUUCCUAACGACCCUGAAGUGUUUAAAUGCCACCUACGCACGCAGCUGUUGCUGCCGAGGAGAUGCAAAUUUGCAUACAGACCGAAGGACCCCAAAGACUGCAUGCAGUGCCUCCCGGGUGCCUUCAAGACAAUCGAAACAUACAGAAAAUUCGUUCCCAGCCAACAUGGAGGCUCAUGCGAUUUGCCUCAUGAGCUGCAGCAGCCGGGAGAGGUGUUAGUUAAAACCAGCUGCGUCAAGAGCUGCAGCCAGCUGGCCCAGCAUCAGCUUGCUGCUGCUGCAGCAGCAGAAUCUGCAGCAGAAAAAGCAGCAGCACCAACAACACCAGCAGAAAAAGCACCACCACCCACCUCGAAACCGCCUUCUACUCUGCAGAGAAUCAGCCGAAAAGAUCUCUCAGACUUCCUGAGCAAAAGAAGAAAAAUACAUGAAAAGGCAGCCACACCCUCUGCUGCUGCUGCUGCUCUUGUUGCUGCUGCAGAAGAGGAGAUCCUCCUCCCUGUCGAUGAUACGGCAAUGCCUAUCAUUGACAAGGGUAAGCUACAGCUGCAGCAGCAGCCAACAGAACAGCAACAGCAGCCGGAGCAGAAGACUGAAGAGGUCCAUGCAAAAGAAGAACCAGCAGAAGCAGCCACAGCAACAGCAACAGCAACAACAACGGAAGCACCAGCAAAACCAUCCAAAGAAACUGAAGUGGCAGUAAAUGUGCCGACAGCUGCAGCGGAAGAACCAGCAGCAGAAAAGCCAGCAGCAGAAACAGCGCCAGCAGCAGCACCAGCAGCAGAAGCAAAGCCCAGCCCUCCUUCAGCAGCCCCUAAGGAGCCCACAGGAGAAGGCGAGAGCCGAACAGCCCCUACGGAAGCUGCAGCAGAAUCAGCAGCAGAACCAGAAGCAGGAUCAGCAGAAUCAGCAGCAGAGCCAGAGGCAGGAUCAGCAGAAUCAGCAGCAGAAUCAGCAGCAGCAGCAACAGAAUCGGCAGCACAGCCAGCAGCAGCAGCCGGCGAGUCAGCAGCAGAACCAGCAGCAGCAGCGGCGGGGCCAGCUGCAGCAGCCGGUGAGUCAGCAGCAGAACCAGCAGCAUCAGCGGCGGCGCCAGCUGCAGCAGCCGGUGAGUCAGCAGCAGAACCAGCAGCAUCAGCGACAGAACCGGAGGCUGCUGGUGAAGGGGAAGGCGCAUCAUCUUCUGAAGAAAAAGAGACAAAGGCAGCAGCAGGAGAAGAGAAAGAAGCUAGUGCUGCUGCUGCUGGGGAAGGCCCAGAAGAAACAGCAGACAGCAGCGAGGAGUCGGAGAAAGAAAGUGCAACAGAACAGCAGCAGGCAGAGUCAGGCGAUAAAGAAGAAGAAGGGGAGAGCCCAGAAGAAGAAGAAAACGGCUCAGAGUAA